AUGUCGACAACGGUGGAAAAGAUCAAAAACAUCGAGGAGGAGAUGGCUCGGACCCAGAAGAACAAGGCGACUUCGUUCCAUCUGGGUCAGCUGAAGGCCAAGUUGGCCAAGUUGAAGCGAGAGCUGUUGACGCCCACUUCCUCUGGAGGUGGUGGCGGAGGCGCUGGGUUCGAUGUGGCUCGAACUGGUGUUGCUUCGGUUGGAUUUAUCGGGUUUCCUUCGGUUGGAAAGUCGACUUUACUGUCCAAGUUGACUGGUACUCAUUCAGAGGCAGCGGCGUAUGAGUUCACCACGCUGACCACUGUUCCCGGAGUGAUUAUGUAUCGUGGUGCCAAGAUCCAGAUGCUGGAUCUUCCUGGAAUUAUCGAGGGAGCCAAGGAUGGUAAGGGUCGAGGUCGACAGGUGAUUGCGGUGGCUCGAACGUGCAACCUGAUUUUUGUGGUGCUGGAUGUGAACAAGCCGCUGGAGCACAAAAAGAUCAUUGAGCGGGAGCUGGAGGGAUUUGGUAUUCGAAUCAAUAAGGAGCCUCCUAACAUUUUGUUCAAGAAGAAGGAGCGGGGUGGAAUCAACAUCACCAACACGGUUCCUCUGACCCAUUUGGACAAUGACGAGAUUCGGGCGGUGAUGGGCGAGUAUCGAAUCAAUUCUGCUGACAUCCAUUUCCGAUGCGAUGCCACUGUCGACGAGCUCAUUGACAUUCUCGAGGCGCAGAACCGACGCUACAUUUCGGUCAUUUAUUGUCUCAACAAGAUUGACAGCAUUUCCAUUGAGGAGUUGGAUCUGCUUUACCGAAUCCCUAACGCGGUGCCCAUUUCGUCGGAGCAUGGCUGGAACCUGGACGAGCUGCUGGAGGAAAUGUGGAAGAAACUCAACCUCGUUCGGGUCUACACCAAGCCCAAGGGCCAGCAGCCCGACUACGAGCAGCCCAUCAUUCUGCGGAAUGGUCGGUCGACCGUCCAGCAUUUCUGUAACCAGAUCCACAAGAGUCUGGUUGAGGAGUUUAAGACGGCAUGUGUCUACGGUCAGUCGGUCAAGCACCAGCCCCAGUAUGUUGGUUUGGCCCAUGAGUUGAUGGACGAGGAUGUUGUCACUAUUCUGAAGAGAUAG